AUGACAGACAUGGGCUACAAUGCCAAUGUGUUUAUUGGAAAGAAUGAACAAAUGAUUCAAGUGGGACAAUAUUUGACGAAUUCAGGAUUUAUUCCAAAGGAGUUUGUUCAAAAUGAAGUUGUUUGGUUUUAUGAAAACCUUGGUAUAGAUGACUAUUACUUUGCAGUUGAAUCAGUUGAGACAAUUGCUAAUCAUAUUACUGCUCUUUAUGGUGCCAAAAUACUCGCUUAUACAAAAAAUGAAAGUGUGGUAGAUAUCAAUCUCGAAAAAGAAUCGGAAGACUCCUCGGUUUACAUUCACUCUUCCCCUCCGGGUGUAUCUCUUCUCCAGGGCCAUCAAUGCGAGAAAAGAAUUGAUGAAAAAUACUUGGAUCUGCUCGGUUCCUCGGAAGCCUAUCGUGUAGAAUCGUAUCGUUCAAAUGCUACCGCGGCCUCAGGCAUGUCUUCUCAGUUAAGGUGUUACUUUGUCACCAAGUGCCAGUUCAAUAGUCCCAAGCCUACUGCAGAUCAAGAACGAGAUAUUUAUCAAGUGGCAGAUCAAAACUUUUUGAAAAAGGCGACAGAGUAUACCCGAAAGGUCUAUCAGGAUGUGAUGUGUGAUGUACUCGAAAGGACAGGUCCAGUGAUGGAAAUGUAUGAUGUGCCAGGUACAAGAGAACAUCGUUUGAUCAUUGGUUAUCGCCAGCGAAGUACUCAGGGUUUCUUUGCUGCUAUGUCUGAUCUCUAUCAUUAUUAUGGCCUAUAUUCCACUCGCAAAUAUGUUGAACAAUUUUCCAAUGGAGUGACCAUCAUGGCAUUAUACUUGCAUCCUCUAUCUGAUCCAAAAGAUGGAAUACCCAUCGAACAUUCUAUCCAUCAAGUGAUCAGAGAAAUUUCUCUCUUGUAUUGUUUACCAAAGAACCCACUUCAGCACUUCUUUGUCACCAACAAGCUCUCCGUACAGGAAACCGUUUAUGGUUAUGUUGGUUGGAUCUUUUGCCAGCACUUUUUGAAUCGUCUUGGACAGGAGUACAUCAGUCUGACCCACAUCCUUGAUUCUGCAAACCCCUUACAUGAGGAGGUCUUGGCCACGAUCAAGAAACGGUUACGACAGGACACAUUCACUCGCGAAUACAUUUUGAACAUUAUCAGACAACACCCCGAUCUUGUCAAACUUCUCUACGCCAACUUUGCCAAGGUGCACUACCUCAAUCGACGUCAAGGCCGUUUGCAACAGACAAUCUCAUACCAACGACUGCGCACAAUUGAGGAUUUGACAGAAGAAGAACUGCGCAAAAAGAUCAAGUCAUCGACUUCCAACAGCCACGAGCAGCUCGUGUUUGAAUCGUUCUUGACUUUUAAUAAGCACGUGCUCAAGACAAACUUUUACCAAUCAACCAAGGUCGCACUUUCCUUCAGGAUGGAUCCAAGCUUCUUGCCCGAGAUCGAGUAUCCAAAUCCACUCUACGGCAUGUUCUUCGUCGUCGGUUCCGAGUUCCGUGGGUUCCAUCUCAGGUUCCAGGACGUAGCAAGAGGCGGUAUUCGUAUCAUUCGCUCACGUAACCGUGAAGCUUACUCGAUCAAUUUGCGAACCUUAUUUGAUGAAAACUACGCCUUGGCCGCCACACAACAAAGGAAAAACAAGGAUAUUCCCGAAGGUGGGUCUAAGGGCACGAUUCUGCUCAAUAUCGAUCAGCAAGACAAGCCUUUGGUUGCCUUUGAAAAAUACGUGGAUUCUAUCUUGGAUCUGUUGAUUGUCGGAUACGGAGACCCCUUGGUUGAUCUGGUGGGUAAGCCUGAGAUCCUCUUCUUUGGUCCUGACGAAGGUACAGCCGAUUAUAUGGAUUGGGCAUCUCAACAUGCUCGUCGUCGUCAUGCUAGCUUUUGGAAAGCCUUUACGACAGGCAAGUCACAAGCUCUGGGUGGUAUACCUCAUGAUCUAUUUGGCAUGACAACGAGAUCAGUGCAUCAGUAUGUCUUGGGAAUCUACCGUAAAGAUGGCUUAAAGGAAGAAGAGUGCACUAAAGUACAGACAGGCGGGCCAGAUGGAGACCUCGGGUCCAACGAAAUCAAAAUCUCCAAGGACAACACGAUUGCCGUGGUGGAUGGCUCAGGCGUCCUUUAUGAUCCUGUAGGCAUUGAUCGUGACGAGCUGAACCGAUUAGCUCAGUCUCGAUUGAUGAUUCAUCAUUUUGACAAAAAUAAACUAUCCCCUCAAGGCUUCUGUGUCCUCGUAGACGACAAUAAUGUGACAUUACCUGAUGGUACUAUGAUCGAAAGCGGAUUACAGUUCAGAAAUACGUUUCACACCAAUCCUUUGGCUCAAGCAACCGUAUUUGUUCCCUGCGGUGGACGUCCAGAAUCAGUUGGACUCGAUAACAUGCACAUGCUAAUAGAUUCUGGUAAUGGCCCGUUAUUCAAAUAUGUCGUAGAAGGCGCCAAUCUCUUCUUUACCCAAGAAGCUCGUAUUCGAUUGGAAAAGGCAGGUAUAAAGAUAUUCAAGGACGCCUCAGCCAACAAGGGCGGUGUCACUUCAUCCUCUCUCGAAGUCUUGGCUGCUUUGGCGUUCAACGAUGAAGAAUUUGAAGAGCACAUGUGUGUGAAACCGAAAGGAUCUGCCCCCGAGUUUUAUCAAGCUUAUGUGAAGGAAGUUCAGGAAAUCAUAGAGCGUAAUGCACGAUUAGAGUUUGAAGCGCUUUGGGAAGAACAUAAAAAGACACAGGCGCCCAUAUCCGUCCUUUCGGAUGAACUUUCGACAGCCAUCUUGCAACUCAAUGAACAACUGCAAGUCACAUCGUUAUGGAGCAACCAUGAUCUGCGUCACUCAGUCCUUUCAAAGGCAUUCCCUAAGCUUUUACUAGAUAAACUGGGCAUGAAGACGCUACUGGAAAGAAUACCAGAAAACUACGUAAAAGCUAUCUUUGGGGCAGCCCUUGCUUCGCAGUUUGUUUAUAAACAUGGUCCUCGUCCAGAUAAAUUCGCAUUUUAUGAUUUUAUGCAAGAAAACUAUAUCUAA